AUGAGUCAAUGGGAAGAGGUCCUGAUGCUGGAUAUUAAGCUCCUGGAGCAGGUGGAGCAGGUCUACAGCUGUAGCUUUCCCAUGGAAGUGCGGCAAGUGCUGGCUGACUGGAUCGAACGCCAGGACUGGGAUACUGCCUCAAACAAUAAGUCUAUGGCUUCCGUCCUCUUCUUCGAUCUCCUGACCCACCUUGAGAAGCACUGCUCUCAGGAGCAGAACUUCCUUUGUAGACAUAACUUGAAGAGAAUCUACCAAGAGCUGCUGGAGAAAUACAGAACUAACACUUUGCACAUAGCCAGUGUCAUAUCCAACUGUCUGAAGGAGGAAAGACGGAUAAUCUCUACCACCACCGCGCAGGAGCAGGGGCCUCAGGACACAUCUUUGCAGAACUCCAUGGUCUUCGAGAGGCAGCAGAACAUAGACAAGCAUCUGGUUCUCACCAGCAGCAUGGUUCAGAUGCUGAACCAGGCAAUGAAAUUCCUGGACGACCUGCAGGACAAAGCAGAAUUUGACUACAAAAUACUCACAUAUAAAGUUCCAGGAGAGAGAAACAAUCAGUAUACUGAACAAGUCAGUGCUACAAUGGUACAGAAGACGUUUAGUGUUCUUGACUUCAAAAAGAGGGAGGUCCUGUCGCAGAUGGUGGAGGUCAUCAGGGAGAUGGAUGCCCUGGUGAACUCCCAGCUGAUCCCUGAGCUGAUGGAAUGGAAGCGGCAGCAGCAGUUGGCUUGCAUCGGAGGGCCACCACUGACAGGGUUGGACCAGCUCCAGAACUGGUUCACACUUACCGCAACAAGCCUGUUCCAGAUCAAACGACAUCUGGACAAACUGGGGGAGAUGAGCCAGAGGGUCUCCUAUAAGGGGGAACCCAUCGGCCUGCAAAGGCCACAGAUGGAAGAGCAUGUCAAACGCCUCAUUUCCCAUCUCAUCAAAAGCUCCUUUGUGGUGGAGAAGCAGCCCUGCAUGGUCAGCUGUCCUCCUCUCAUCAUAAGGACUACUAGCAAGUUCUCUGCCAAAGUCAGAUUGUUGGUUAACCUACCAGAGAUGGACAGUCGGUUACAGGUGAAGACAACAUUCGACAAGGAUCUUCCUGGCGGCGUUGCGACUCGGCAGUUCUGCAUAGAUACUCACAGCACCAAAGAAAUGGAUGUGGAGUCCUCAAAUGGCGGUCUUUCUGUCGAGUUCAAACACUUGGUUCUUAAAGAACAGAAGUCUCCGAGCAGAGCAACACGGACCGAGAGUUUGCUCACAGUGACUGAGGAGCUUCAUACUAUCAGCUUCAAGGCCAGCCUCUGCCUACAGGGCCUAAACAUGGACCUGGAGACCAGCUCUCUGCCCCUGGUGGUCAUCUCCAAUAGCGGCCAGCUGCCCAGUGGAUGGGCCUCAGUCCUGUGGUACAACAUGCUGACUGAUGAACCAAGGAAUCUGUCGUUCUUUAGUAACCCACCCAAUGCUACCUGGGGACAGCUAGCUGAGGUGCUCAGCUGGCAGUUCUCCACCUGGGUCAGGCGUGGCCUGGACAGGGACCAGCUGAGCAUGCUGGGAAGAAAACUCCUGGGUCCAGAAGAAUCCAACAAUGACUGCCAAGUUUCCUGGUCAAAAUUCUGCAAGAAGCACCUCCCUGGGAGUUCCUUCAGUCUCUGGACCUGGGUGGUCUCCAUCCUGGACCUCAUCAAGAAAUACUUGCUGGCGCUCUGGGUGGACAGGUGCAUCAUGGGUUUUGUGAGUAAGACGAUGGAGCGAGCCCUGCUGAAGGACAGAGCGAUGGGGACGUUUCUAUUGCGCUUCAGUGAGCAUCAGCUGGGAGCAAUCACCUUCACAUGGGUGGUGCAGACCAAGAAGGGUGAGGUGGACUUUUGCUCAGUGGAGCCUUUUACAAAGAACAAACUUGAUGCUUUGCCUUUCAUCGACAUCCUUCAGAAAUACAAAGUGACCACUGAUGGCAGCACAUUAGAGAGCCCGCUGAAAUUCCUGUACCCAGACAUCCCCAAGGAUAAAGUCUUUGAGAAAUAUUACAGCAGAUGUGAAGACAAAGAUUCUGCCGAACAAUACAUGUCGUUUGUCUUCGUUCCCGUCUCCAAUGUCUCCAUUUCCAGUUCACCUCCCUGCUCUUCCCCAGAGUUGUCCAUCUUAUCCCCAGGGACUGUGGACAUGAUCUGCGACUACCUCUGCCCCCAAGGCAGCCAGAUGGCUGUGAGCGACCAGCAGCCAAAGUUGCUCCUCUUUAAACAGGAUGGCACAGGUGCGGCCAGUUGGCUCAUUAGCGCUGAUCAGCAGCCAGAGGUGGACAACCCCGGCUUCAGAAAGUAA